CCCUAAUUCUAAUGGCGACCGAGACGGGGAAGCGGACGCCGGAGGAGGAGGAGCGAGACUGGGCGAGGGACAUGCCCGACGACCUCGUCGCCCACAUCGUCGGCCGCCUCACCUCGCUCGUCGACUUCCUCAACUGCCGCAACGCCUGCCUCCCCUGGGAGCGCGCGCUGCGCGGCGAGGCGCGGCGCCUGCCGGCGACGAAGGAGCGCGUCCCCUGGCUGCUCCUCGCCGUCGAGGCCGAGCAGUCCUACCUCCGCCGCCUGACGCCGCUCCCGCCGCCCGCGUGUUGGGCGGGCGCCGGCGGCGAGGUCGCCGCGGUGCAGCUGCCCGGCCGCCACGUGCGCCGCGGCCGCCGCGAGAUCUGCCUCGGGUCGUCCCGCGGGUGGCUCGUCACGGCCAACGACUUCGGCUACGCGCGCGUCAUCAACCCGCUCACCGGAGCCACGGCGCCGCUCCCGCCGCUCUGGACGCUGCCCUACCUCGACGCCGUCCACAGCUAUGACGCAUGCGUCCAGAGCUUCCUCUACCAGGACGAACACCACCGCGGCGCCCGGGGCGUGCCGUUCUCGUUCGACGGCCUCUGCGACCUCGUCCUGCUCAAGGCCGUCGUUGUGGACAUCGGCGGAGGCGGCGCCACCGUCGCCAUCCUGUACAGGAAGCAGAGGGAGUUCGCCAUCGCGCGAACGGGCCAGCGCUCGUGGACGCUCGUCCAGAACCACCUCGACACAAUCGUGGAGAUGAAAAGGCACGACGACGGCGAUCUCUACACGGUGCACCUCUCCGGCAACGUCGCGCGCUGGAGGAUCGACUGCGUCGUCACCAAGUCGCCGUUGAUCCUGGAGUUCACGCGGGUCAUCGACUCCUCAUACCACUACGCCGUCAAGGACAACGGCAUGAUGUCCCGAGUAGAGCACGAUCAACACAACACUGACCGCGCCGGCGAGUGCAGCUACCUCGCCGGAGCCCCGACCGGCGAGCUGUACCUCCUCAAACGGGUGUACAAGCACAAGCUGGUCGGCGGCCAGACGCAGCGCAGCACGGCGGCGUUCAACGCAUGGUUCCUGCGGCCGGGAAGGGGCGGCGGGAUGGAGUGGGUGCGCAGCCGCCGCGACGGCGCCCUCGGCGACCUGGCGGCAUUCGUCAGCUACACCGGCUCGAUGUGCGUCCACGCAUGGGACGACACUGACGACAGCAAGAACAAGAAGGAGGUGCUCAAGAGCAACUCCGUGUACUUCACCGAGGAGUCCGUGGACUACCUCGGCGCGGCCAUGGUCGACCACUUCGCCGUGAGGAGGACCGACGUUGUGGAGGUGAGGACGACGGCGGCGGCGGCGACGGCGAAUCACGAGAUGGAUGGCGCGAGGAAGGAGGAGGAAGAGAUGGAAAAGAAGAGCAUUCGGGUGAAGCAGCUCGGGCGAUGCAUGAACUGGCCACCUCCGUUUUGGUUCGUCCCAAGCCUCGAAGGGCUUUGAUCAGUUCGAGCUGCGCCGUUGGGAAGUAGCUUAGUUAUCUUUUUCGUCAUCGUUAAGCAAAAACCAUUAGUUUUUAGGAGUUUAGUUUGGAGGAUUAAUUGUAUAGUUUAGAAAAUGUAGUCAAAAUUUUCUCGAUAUACUGCCUUUCAUUUUAUAACGUAAGACUUUAGUAUUCUUUAUAUU